UUAGUCUUGAAAACAUCAUGCAUUCGAUAAGUUCUUACAACAUGAAUUUAACAGUGAUAAAGUGAAGUGUUCUAUAAAAAAAACAGUUUAAAUUUACUUUAGCACUUGUUUCGUUUGAACAAACGAAUCUUAGUGCUUAUAAAUUGAGAACGUACGAGUACUAUCUAGUUUGGGGAACAAACAGAUUUUGUGCUGUGCUCAUUUGAAACAAUCAAUAAUGGCUCCACCAUACGGAUAUCCGAACUAUGACUUUGUAGAACAGGACUCGACAGAUAAUGAUAAAUCAAUCGAUGAUAAUGUAGGAUAUUCAGAAAUGGUGUUUUGGUAUACCAUAGUGUUAGUAGCAAUGCUACUUUUGUGGAUUCUGAUUUUCUUCUGCCUCAGGAUGAUUUCACUAAGUCAGAAAACACGCAAUCCUCAACAGAGGCGGCAAUACCUGGGAUCACGGUCACGGACCUCGCUACCACAGCCAGACCCCACAGUCUACGUGAGCCCCGCCAAUUUACCUCCACCUCCGAAAUAUGAGGCCAUGGCACCACCCAGUUAUGAAGAAGUGGUUGGUAUACACUACCCCAACUACCAACCUCCAAUGCAGCCAAUCGCACAGCCCAUAGCAACCGCUAUGGCACAGAACGCUAGUGCCAAUGUUGACACCGAAGCUGCAACAAAUAGGGACAAUGAAAAUCCAUCCAACACACAAACAACACUAACAGUCACUAAUGAAAGGAGCAACACCGCUGCAGUUGCUGUCAGCUCAUGAUGUGAUCGCUUUUGACUUUGACAGAUGUCACUUACUAGCCAAAGAUUAAAGAGUACGCAAAGAGUAAAUACCACUUAACUUUUUAUUAAUAUUAUCGUGGUAUUUACGUUAAUAAUCAUCUUGUCAAAGCAACGAAAUACAUUUUUAAUAGAAAAAAUAUUCCAGUGUGAAUAAAGUGAGACAACGCAUUUAUGAUUAAAAAAAUAAAACAAUGGAUUAAAAGACUGUAAUGCUUAAAAUUGAUUUAUUCCAGUAAUUAAAUUUGUAUACUACUGGACAUUCAUUGAUUUUCGACGUAAUAUCGCACAGACUAUAAAUAUAUGGCGCCUUAUUUGAGGCGAGACUUUAGUUUUUUGGAAAGAAUAAUUUACAGUCUUCAUUGAGGACGUAAGGCUGUUUAUUAUUUUUUUUAAUCUGUUGCAUUUAACGAAAAAGGAUAUGUAUAUAUAAUAAAUUGACCGUAACGUUAAGUGUUUGUACAUACAAUGUUACUUAUUUGUAAAGAUAUCAUAUUUUGAUAAUAUUUAUGUAAUACAUGCUUAGCUUUAAGAA